UACUUUUCAGUAUCUUCCAGAAUUGCAACCAAUUAGAAACUGUCGCUUUGAUAUUAAUAUUGGGUAUUGGGUUCAUGGGUUGUUCAACCUCCCUUAUUUAAAGCGCCUUGUUUCAAACACUAAAAACCCUUUUAUAUCUUCCCAUUUCUCUCAACUCUUAACCUCUUCUUCUUAUCUCUCUCCAGCUUUACUACUUUUGUUUCGCUCCUUUUCUAACAAGACAUUGCUAAUUUUAGAUCUGUGAUUUAGUUCAAGAUGGAUUACAACAAUGAGAACAAUCAGAUUUCAAACCAAAAAUAUGAUUGUCUCCUAUUUGAUCUAGAUGACACCCUUUAUCCUCUGAGUUCUGGUUUAUCUUUGGAAGUCACCAAGAAUAUUCGAGAAUAUAUGUUCCAGAAGCUUGGCCUGGAGGAGAGUAAAGUUCCUGAAUUGUGUAUUUCCUUGUAUAAACUCUAUGGGACAACAAUGGCUGGUCUUAGGGCAAUCGGCUAUAACUUCGACUAUGAUGACUUCCACAGUUUUGUUCAUGGGAGAUUGCCCUACAAUAUGCUAAAACCCGACCCUGUUUUAAGGAAUCUUUUACUUAGUCUGCCUAUUAAGAAAGUUAUUUUCACCAAUGCAGAUAAAAAUCAUGCUAGCACAGUGCUUAGCAAGCUUGGUUUGGAGGAUUGCUUUGAAAGGAUUAUAUGCUUUGAAACUUUGAAUCCCACCGACAAGGACACUGUUCCUGUAAAUGAGAAUGUCUCUGAAUUAAGAGAAAUAUCUGACAUCAAUGAUUAUUCUUUACGUCCCAAUGCUGAUUUGGAACUUCCUAAUACUCCAGUUGUCUGCAAACCAUUUGAACAAGCAUUUGAACAAGUUUUCAAGAUUGCCAAUAUCAAUCCUCAGAAAACAUUGUUCUUUGAUGACAGUGUUCGAAAUUUACAGACUGGUAAAAAGAUGGGCCUUCACACUGUGUGGGUGGGAACUUCUCACCGAGCUGAUGGUGUGGACUACGCACUAGAGAGCAUACACAAUAUCAGGGAGGCAUUGCCAGAGCUCUGGGAAGCUGAAGAGAGGUCUGAAAGUGUUGUGUAUUCAGGAAAGGUGGCUAUCGAAACACCAGUGAAGGCUUAGCUUUUAGUCAUUUAGUGAAUGAGACUUUUUUGCCUUCGCUAUGGUGUAGCAGGAGAGUUAAAUGUAACUUAAUAUAAACUUUAGUAUCUGUAUCUUUUUUCCUCCUUUCCUGUUUUUAAGUGAAACUUGCAGACUU